AUGGAUUCGGCUAAUCCUAGGCCAGAUAAAGUUGCUCAACUUCACAAAGAAUAUACGAUACCGCAUGGUCACCACCUGCUUAGCCAUACCAGGGCUGACAAUUACUUUAAUUAUGUCCACUCAGGUGUUCCAAGGCACAUCAUGAUAUUUGAAGAGGAUGGCUGGUUAGAACUCCCUGAGGCAUUAUCAUGUCCUUUCAUUAAAGGAUUCAGAGAGGGAAGAUCCUCUGUAAAUUUAUAUGUGAACAAGGAGCUAUUUCUCUUUAUUGAUUUCUCCUCAAUGGUCCUGAUAAAUAUCAGAAUUCGGAAGAUGCAGUCAGUGGCAUGGAUGGACGAAGCUGGCAAGUCCUUUUUACCUUAUAUGGCUCUUCUGCAGGAGGGCAUUCCUCCAACCGAAUUUGAUGCCUGGAUCUUGGCCUGUGGGUGUGGGAUACAAAGUGCAAGCAGUUUACAACUUGCAGAAAAUGAAGUUCCAAUCUCACAACAGCCUUUUCUAUAUCCAGUUGUGUCUAGACUUCAAAGAAGCAGUGCAAGUUUUCUUGCUGUUCAGGAAACAUUUUUAUCAGGAAUGGGGCCAUUUGCAACACCUGCUAGCAUAUUAGAUAUCUAUGCGUGCAAUGGUCGACAUAGGCUGGAAGCCUUUGAGAGACAAAUAGAGUUCACUGCUAGGGAACGUGGGAAUGCAAAUGUGAAGUAUGGAUGGUAUGGCUCAACAGACAACCGCAUAACCGAAGCUCUUAUAAAUGGUUUUGGCCACAGUGGGAGGCUCGGUGAAGUAGGAGUUCUAGGCACUGGCAUCUAUUUGACACCUCAGGAUCGUGCUUUUGCCAGCAUUAGACUCUGUGAAGUGGGAAGUGGAGUACAACAUAUGCUGCUUUGCCGGGUUAUCAUGGGGAAUGUAGAGCAAGUCCGGCCAGGAUCAAAGCAAUACUGCCCUAGAAAGAACUAUGAUAUGGGUGUUGACAAUGUUCUAAAUCCAAAGUGUUACAUUGUGUGGUCUACACAUCUGGACAAAUAUAUCUACCCAGAGUACAUGGUUCGUUUUGCACUGCCCUCAAGAAACAAGGAGUACUUGUGUGGACUAAAGGAUAUAAGGUUCCAUGUGGAAGAUCACAAGGUUUGACUGAGCAAUUCUCUCUCUUUAACCCUUGUGUCAAUGUAAAAUUUAUAAUGUGUAGCUCGUAAUGGGAUACUUUCUAGUUUGCUUUUUGUUCUCUUUUGCUGUUCUCUUGUGACAAAAGGUUAUUAGGUUAUUUUGUUAGUUCCUGUUUUACUUACCACUUAUGCAGGCUUGGUUUGAAUUAGCGGGGUCAUUAGAACCUUUUGCACUGGUGUAUGUAGAACUCCAUGAUAGGAUAGCUCCUUGGGCUAGGAGAUUGUUUCUUCAUUAUCUUAUGGAGUUUAAGGUAUGUCACGAGAAUUUUGGGUUGAAAUUUGAAUUAGCCUUUUCUUUUUUCCUUUUUUUAAGGGAUAUACUAGUUUCUUUGACAGAGGGAUAUAAUAACUCGAGAAGUUCUAAUCAUGAAAAUGGGUUCAUUUGUUCAAGAACUGCUGCCAGCACCUGA